AUCACUUAUACAUCUAUUGUGAAUAUUUAUGCCUGUCGAGUAUGCCGCCUCCCUAUACCCUGCUACAUGUACACGUACUUUGUACCAGUUCAAACACCUGUCACAAUCGAGUGAACAUAUUACAUAAAUUAUAAGUGUUGAUGUGGCAGUUUUGGCACUGUUCUCUGUUAGAAUGAGAGAAUCAGAACCAAGGAGAUAGAAAUAGAGAACCCAGCCGACGAGCAGAAUUGAACGGGUGUGCUUGACCGUUUCCACCUAUCAUCAACUCUGGAGUCCACCGUUGAGUUGGUAGUCAUAAUGGGGGUACUGCGUAUGGUAACGGUAGAACCAGUUAGGCUCUUAUUCACAAUGGCGCUUGCGAUGCACUCCUUAGCCAGCAGGGACCUAGUGCACCGGAAGGUAUGUCUUUCAAGGCUCAAUGAAACAAUGUGUGGUAAGGGUGAAGGCUCGCCGGACCUGGCUGGGAACACCUCUUACAGCCGAGCGAUUCAAGAAGAUGUUGCAUCUUUUUGUUUCUAUCUCGACAUCUGUGCAAACCUCCUCGGUAUCCUGGUCUCGAGUGUGUUCGGCUCAGCCAGUGAUAGAUUUGGUCGGCGAGGGCUCCUUCUUUUACCCUCACUAGGCCUGAUACUGGGAUCUGUUAGUUGUUUAAUGCAGUCCUACUUCCUACUUCUCCCACUGUACUAUAUGUUCUUCAGUUCGGCCCUGACGGGUCUGUUCGGUUUCUACCAGGCAUCUUACAUCGCCACCAUGAGCUGUAUAUGCGAUAUCACAGACCAUUCAGAUAGAAGUUUCCGGCUGGGGGUUAUGGAGUCUAUGGGGUUGAUAGGUGGGCCAAUCGGCAUGGUACUGGUCUCUCCCUUGCUCCACACCGACUACUACGCCGUAGUCUUUUUCAUCGUUAUUCUCAGCCAAGUGGCUGUUCUUGCCUACGUCCACUACUGGCUAGAGGAGACGGUCGAUGUUCGAGCGUUUCAGGACAACUCGAGGGACUCUGGUGGUGUGACCAGUGGUCAGUCGCCCCAAAGUAUUUGCUCUGUUGUUGGCUGGAGUUUGAGAAGGACUCUGAUGAUUUAUGUGAUAUGGAGGACAGAGAAUAGGAGGCAGUUGCUACUGAUCAACCAGACAGUCGGCGUAUUGUCCUCAGUCGGAUCCUCAGGGGAAAUUGACUUGACCCGCCUGUACACCAGCAAGCCGCCAUUGAGUUGGGCUCCCUUCACCCUCCUCGCGUACCUCUCCGUUAAGGAUGCCGUCAGGGGUAUGAUCCUGGCCGUGGGAAUGCCGCUGCUCUACGUGCACAUCAGCCAUUGGAGUAUCCGAUCGGACAUGAUCCUCGCCAUGAUCACGUUGUUGUCAUCGUCGGCUUCGCUUGUGCUGAGGGCCUUUGCCUCCAACACCCUCAUGAUGAUGCUAGUGCCUUUGGUUGGAUGUUUAAGUGGAUUUCCGAACACGCUCAUUUCAUCCAUCAAGUGCAAGCUAGUAGAUUCUAAUGAAUUCGGGGCUGUGUUUGCCUGUACGAUGCUUAUUCAAACAAUAUGCCAUCUCUCAGGAAGAGCCCUUUUCCAACUUCUAUACACCGCUACCUUGCCAAUCUGGCCACGCCUACCCUUUCUGGUCAUGGGCAUCCUUUUGGUCACAUUUUUAUCCAUAAUAACGUACAUGUGGUGUUUGAGUGGCCAUCUUGUUAAGAAAGAUAAAAUGGAUGCUCGGCAGCAGUUGAUCAACUCGUAUGGUGGCGGUGAAGAAGAAACGGAAUUGUCCUCCUCCCCCAAGACAACGAAAUGAGUUCUGAAAGCGUUUAGCUAGGUCAAGAAAACUGUUCUGUACAAAAAUGUAUCUUUGUUCACGAAGUAAUAACCAGGUACGCAUCAUGUCUUCGGUGAGGGACAAGAUGGUGACGGGGCCGAUGUGACAUACCCAGCAAUUCCUGUACAGGCCUAUUCAGUCUGCAUUUAGAAGAUUUGUAACGGGUUCCAUGUUUCUUCCCCCAAAACACCAACGUAUAUUCAUUAUACUGUGUACUCAGUGUUUGUUUGAAAGCUUGCGAAAAAAAAACCACAAACUUGAUUAUUACUCGGGCAGGACGUGAACUCACGACCUCCAGCCUACUAGUCCAGAAGUCUUAACCUCUCGACCACCGAGCUUGCUGAGAUUGGCUGGUCGGUCCAGCCGUCGGCUGUUAGGGCAAAACCCGUUAUUAAAUGUAACAUCUUGAAAUAGUCUCCGUGGAGAUUGUCUAUCUGAAAACCUUUUACAGCAGAGUGAACUCAGUAAUUCAACCCCCCAGGCUACAUUUCACGUGUUUUCCAGGCAAAGAUUUUUCACCUUGAUUAAAACUGCAAAUCGCACGUAGUUGUAGCGGUCAUGCUCAAAAUCUACAUAUAUAGAGAUUUUAUGAGCAUGCACAUCGAUGCUGGUAAGUUACCAGCAUCGAAGCCUUUGUUUUUUGCUGGAAAAUGUUAACUGUACUAUACCAAUGCGUUGUGUUUCCAAAACGAAUCCGUGGUUCGCACUAGCAAACAAGUCAUGAAGACAUCACCUGUCGCUGGAAUCCAGGUGAGAAAUGGUCUUCCAAAACAUUAAGAGGAUGGGGUUCGUGAGAGUCGGUGUUCGUUUCAAGAUUAAUGUAAGCCGCAUCAUUGCAUGAGCACUACAGUAAUAACCUUGGAAAAGCUUUUAUCUAAUAAAUUACAGCGGUGAGUGGAUUACAAUAACAUAGCUAAGGUAGACUCGUUUGGGUUUUAAGCUAAUCGCUUUCAAACCACAAAAUGUAUAAGACAGAUUUUGCCGAUAGCAAUAUGUAUACAAUGGUUGUGGGGUUAUCGUUGAUAUUCGAGUCACAUGUCUGUUUCAUUAAUGAAUGAAUUAUCUUAAAUUAAUUGGAAACUGCAUCUAACAAUGAACUAAAAAUAGGGAAGCUCGGGCGUCGUGAAGUAGGGGGCGACGGUUAUGCUUGAAUCCCCUGGAUGAAGCUGAAAUAAAAAGGAGAAAAGUUGAAGCGAAAGUAAUGAUUUCCACAUCACCAGUGUUCUUGAAAAACAAAAACAAAAAACAAACCAAAAAAAAAAAAACAAAACAAAACAAACAAUUGACUUUCCACUGUUAGUUGAUUGCAAUUUCUUAGCCAGUUAGUGCUUUUGUUGUUUUACGUAAUCACAUUUGCCACUUAAAAUGUUUGUAAUUUUCUUUAUUGUUCGCCGUGGAGUUAAAAACAAGCUGUGGUCUUUAUUCAGUGCAGUUGGCCACAGGGCGUUGGCUCCGUCUCGUUGUCAUUUACAGUCCCUUUCGUAUUUUGUUGGAGGCCGGUGGCCUUAUUAAAUGUUCACGAAAGCAGA